GCCAAAGCGAUGACAUCGGCCCAAGCCUGUAUCUGGGAGAGGCAAAGAAAUGCCCAGGUCCACGACAAGUUGACGGUCUUUGAAGCCACCCGCUUGGUCGCAGAUUGCACUGACUGGCAAGUGGUUAUGGGCACCUUGCAAAGGCUUCGUCUUCAUUCCGUGGCCGUGGACGUCGUUUGCCUCACUGCGGCUUGCAAGGCGGUGCUGCAAGCCCUGCAGUGGCAGCGAACACUCUCCCUGUUCCGCGGAGCUGCUGCUGUGGCCCUGGCGGCCAACGAGCGGACCUACGGCGUGGCGCUGGCGGCCUGCGCCGCUUCCCGUGAGGGCUGGCAGGAUGCGGUGCAUCUGUUUGGGUGCAUGCCAACUGCGCGCCUGGAGCAGAAUUCCUUCCUGCAGUCCGCGGCUGUCACUGCCUUGGAUGCUGCGCUGCACGGCUGGUCGGCUGCGCUGUCAUUGAUGGUGCAAGUGGCAAGCAGCCUGGACUUACUGCUUUGGAGUGAUUCGAGUGCGUCCACAUUGCAGGCCUUCCAUCCCCAAUUCCAUUCCGUGCAGUGGUACAAUUAUCAGGUGAAGUUGUCGGUGUGGCUGUUGCUAGACGCUAGGCCGCGGGACCCCAAGCAACAUUGUGGCAAGCAAUGCGGUGUUCAGCACCUGCGCACAGCAUUGGCCUGUGUGACCUUCAACUCGGCCAUUGCCUCCUGCGGCGCCGGCCGCUGGGCGACGGCCCUCUGGCUGCUGGGCUCGAGCAUCAAGGCCAGCGUUGUCACCUACAGCGCGUGCAUCAGCGCGUGCGAGAAGAGCUACCAGUGGCAGCUCCCGUGUUCUCUCCUCUUUUCCUUGUGCCAAAACGGCUUGGUCCCGAAUGCUGUUGCCGAGGGCAGUGUGCUGCAGGCUCUGACCUGGGCAGCGCAGUGGCGGCGGACUUCUGCAGCUCUGCAGGCGGCCACCCCAAGUGCCCCGGCGUUCAACGCGGUACUUCGGUCGCUCGGCGCUGCCUGGGAACGUGGGCUGGCAGAGCUGGAGCAGAUGAUAUUGCACCGCCAAGAACCGGACGUGUGCAGUACCAACCAGCUUCUUGGAAGGCAACUGAGCUUUGAGCCUGAAAAGUAG